ACCCAUGGCGGCGUUCGAGGAGGUGAGCGUGCUGGGCUUCGAGGAGUUCGGCAAGGCCGUGGAGCAGCACCGGGGCAAGACCAUCUUCGCCUACUUCACCGGCUCCAAGGACGCCGAAGGGAAGAGCUGGUGCCCCGACUGCGAGCUGGCUGACCCAGUGAUUCGAGAGGGGCUGAAGCAUAUUAAAGAAGGACGUGUGUUCAUCCACUGCCAAGUUGGAGAGAGACCUUAUUGGAAAGAUCCAGAUAAUGACUUUAGAAAAAAACUGAAAAUAACUGCAAUACCUACACUACUUAAAAAUGGAACACCUCAGAAACUGGUAGAAUCCGAGUGUCUUCAGGCCAACCUCGUGGAAAUGUUGUUCUCUGAAGAUGAAUAAUUGAUGACAAUUGUCUUGAUUUCCUUUUGAAUUCAUAUUAAUAAUGUGAAAAUGGCAUAUGGCUAAACAUUGCUAUUAAAGUCCUUAUAGACCCUG